ACAACGAAGAACAAACGAGGAAACAGCACAACACUUACGACGCGGCGCGGUCAACGCAUUCCUUCCUGACCACCAUGAAGCCCAUAUACCAGAGACUCAAUCUAUUUAUUGACGGCCAGGAUGCCUACACAUUUGUCCCCGUGCAACCCAUUGGAGCGCAGUCUCUCACCAUACACAGGGCUACCGGCGAUAUAGUACUCAAUGCACCGAACACACCUGUCCAUCCUACUGCCUCGAGAUACGGCAAGACAAUUUACGGGAUCUUAGGAAUGAUUUCACUAGCUCUUUCGGAGUAUGUGAUUGUAAUGACAGGCCGCGAACACCGUGCGCGCUUCAUGGGCCACGACAUAUACCGCGCGGCUGAUUUUGACAUUCUGCCUCUAAAUCCCAAUGUCUCUGUCCAGAAUCCCCCCAACCCAGUAGAGGGACACUUGUUGGCAUUGGUUCGGUCGCAUCUCCUGGGUGGACACUUCUUAUUCAGCUACGGCUGGGACUUGACGAGGAGACUCCAAGCACAGUGGCAAGACCGGGACAACGAAGAGAAAAAAGCCUUGUGGGAGGUGGCCGACGACAGGUUUUUCUGGAACAAAUUCUUACAGUCUAGGCUCACAGACACAGACAUCGCACAAGAUCUCAGUCCUUACAUUCUCCCAAUUAUCUAUGGCACGUUCGACAUGCGUACAGUAUAUAUCCAUGGACACCGCAUUCAGCUUUGCCUCAUCAGCCGACGAUCGCGCUAUCGUGCAGGCACGAGAUACUUCCGUCGUGGCAUCGAUCAUGAAGGCCAUGUUGCCAACUUUAACGAGACCGAACAAAUUCUCCUGGUUGUUGAGAAAGCCGCGGGGCGCUUAUCGUUUUCUGAGAACUUAACGCACAAACUGAGCUUCACUCAAAUUAGAGGCAGCGUGCCUGUCUUCUGGGCUGAGGUCAACACACUUAGAUAUAAGCCUGAUUUGCAGGUUAUGGACCUUCAGGAGACGGUUGACAUGAUUAAGCUUCACCUUCGAGAUCAAGUUUCCCAGUAUGGCAGUCAGGGUCUCAUCAACCUGGUGAAUCAAAAAGGUCGCGAGCAACCAGUAAAGGAGGCCUACGAACGCGCUGUUUCCAAAGUUGAAUUCCCGGACGUGAAGUAUCAAUACUUCGACUUCCACAAUGAGUGCAAACACAUGCAAUGGGAUCGUAUUAGUGUUCUUAUCGAGAAGAUGCAAGAGGACCUCAUUCAGCAAGGAUACUUCCACCUCGACACGGCACAGGAUAAGGCCGUACAAAUACAGACAGGCGUGAUGAGGACAAAUUGUAUGGACAAUCUGGAUCGGACGAACGUAGUCCAAGCAGCGCUAGCGAAAUGGACGCUUAAUCAGCAGUUGAAAGCCAUUGGGCAGUUGACCAGAGGUUUCCGUGAGAUGUGGGCCGAUCAUGCGGACUUAAUCUCGAAGGCAUAUGCAGGGUCUGGGGCGCUUAAGACAGAUUUCACUCGUACAAGUAGGCGAACGAAAAUAGGUGCUCUUCAAGAUGGGUACAAGAGUGUCAUGCGAUACAUUAAGAACAAUUAUUUCGACGGCGCUAGACAAGACGGAUUUGACCUUGUUACUGGAGCUUGGACUCCUCAGAAGAAUCCAGUCACCGCCUCAUCCUUGAUUGCUGAUACGCGACCAUUAACCAUCCGAUCGGUACGUUUGUCCCUUACAUCUUGCUCGUUCGCACUAUUCAUGAUCUGCGCUGGACUUACUCUGCCAAGGACCUCAGACUACUCGCUAUUGUAUUACUUCAUGUUGUGGUUCGUUAUUGCUUCAUUGGCUGUCAUAUUCAUGAUGGUGCAUGGCAUCGAGUAUGUCUCGUGGCCGCGGCUUAUUCCUCCCACGGAUAUCAUCCACUACAAAGGACCAGGAUUCCGCUCAGCUCACAACGGGAAGGGUUUCACUGGCCCUCUAGCUCAGAAGUUGGAUCUCUCUGGUCAAUUAAAUGGCUUUAGUACCAGGCUACUCUUAAACGGGCGUAAGAGGGCUUUAACAGUCAGUGGGAUGGAAGAGGGGACGAAGAAGAGAGUGGAUUGAGACCCGUUACUGAGCUAUGUUAUGAAGCACCUAUCAAUUAUGUUAUCCAGAGUUUAUUUAUUUAUCCUUCUGCAGUCAUGUCGACCUCUUUCGAGUUCGUUGGAUUGCUCCGCAAGGUAAUUAGAUCGAUCAUGCCUUACAUAAGC